CUCGAUCGGUGCAGUACAUUUCGCCCAUUCACGACCCCCUCAUGGCACCGUAUCUACAUUGUUACCCGGUGCGAAGAGCCGCACUUCUUUUUUUCUGAGGAAUUUUUAUUUUUUUUCAGAAAAAUUUACUAGGCGCAUAAUCCGAUUUGGCAAAUAACACAGAGAAACACUACCUCAAGGCCAACUCGAUUCACCCCUCGUAUACAACAUAUUUUUCACCGAUAAAAGUCAUCCCCCAUUUUUCCAGUUCUUCUUUACCCACGUAUAUAUACAUCCACCAUGGCCGCCCCAACUGCUAUCAAGAAGGUUGCCGAACAAGUUCCGCAGCCAAUUGUCCACGAUGACGAUGAUAUUCUCAUUGAUGCCUCUAUUCCACAGUUAGAAUCUGUUGCCACGGAAGAAACCGCCACUCCUGCUGGUAAGAAGGAAACCGCUGGGGUUGUUUUAGACGAAUCAGGAAAGCCAAGAUUCAACUCCGCCGCCACCGCUGGUAUGAAGGUAAAGUUGGAGUCCCGUAAGGUUCCUGUCCCACCCCACAGAAUGACUCCAUUGAAGGGUAACUGGACCAAGAUCUAUCCAUCCUUGGUUGAUCACUUGAAGUUGCAGGUUAGAAUGAACUUGAAGACGAGAACCGUCGAGCUCAAGACCUGUAAGACCACCACCGACCCGGGUGCUUUGCAAAAGGGUGCAGACUUUAUCAAGGCCUUUACGUUGGGUUUCGAUGUCGACGACGCCAUUGCCCUUUUGAGAUUGGACGAUUUGUACAUGGAAACCUUCGAAAUCAAGGACGUCAAGACCUUGCAAAACGACCAUAUGGGCCGUGCCAUUGGCCGUAUUGCCGGUAAGGAUGGUAAGACCAAGUUUGCCAUUGAGAAUGCCACCAGAACCAGAAUCGUGUUAGCAGACUCCAAAAUCCACAUUUUGGGUGGUUUCACUCAUAUUAAAAUCGCCAGAGAAGCCGUUGUUUCUUUGAUUUUGGGUUCCCCGCCAGGUAAGGUCUACGGUAACUUGCGUACUAUUUCCUCCAGAAUGAAGGAGCGUUACUAAGCUACCGGGUAGAUCUAAUCUCCCUAUAGCCACAAUUCCUAUCCUGCACCCUUCUCAUCCACAGAUCCCUGUUUUCACACAUCUUCAUCUUCA